AUGUCAACUCUAUUAGAGAUCAAGUCGGAGGAAGAAUGGCAUAAACAUACGGCCUCGUUGCCGUCCUCGACCUUGCAAAUCAUAUCUUUCCACGCACCGUGGGCCGCGCCAUGCACUCAAAUGCGGACGGUUCUCGAGACCCUUGCGUCGUCAUAUCCAGUUACCGAGCCUCUUUCAACUUCGUGGGUUUCGAUGAACGCUGAAGAGGUCAUGGAUGUCAGUGACUCUUUCGAUGUUACUGCCGUCCCCUACCUCGUUCUCACCCGUAAUAACCAAGUCUUGGAGACCGUUAGUGGAAGUGACGCUACCAAGGUCCGAGCCGCGAUCGAGAAACAUGCCAAAUCAUCAGGGGGCUCCAGCAACGGAAGCACUGCAGCCGCCAACAAUAGUGGAAGCGUAGCAAAGAAUCUCAGUUCAUAUACACCCACGGCGGCAGAUCCUGCAACAGCACCUCAGUAUUCGUCCGGCGAGGUAAAAGAAGAUAAGGAGGCAUUACAUGAGCGGCUAGCAACCCUGGUCAAGGCUGCUCCUGUCAUGCUAUUUAUGAAAGGAACACCAAGUGCACCCCAAUGUGGGUUUUCAAGGCAAACGGUUGCUUUGCUUCGGGAGAAUUCUGUCAAGUAUGGCUUCUUCAAUAUCUUAGCAGAUGACGAUGUGAGGCAAGGAUUGAAGGAAUUCUCGGACUGGCCGACGUUCCCACAGCUUUACGUUGAUGGCGAGCUUGUUGGUGGUUUAGAUAUUGUCAAAGAGGAAAUGGCAAACGACCCGGAUUUUUUCAAGGCGUAUAGUGUUCCCAAAAGCACACCUGACUCUGCGGCUGCUUCAUAG